CAGUACGGGGGAUCUAAAAAUACUGGGCGAAACACAUCACAGACCACCACGAUCUUUGUUUUUCAUCGGUGUGUCUCUCGUGGUAAAUCGUCAUCGAAAAUCCUCAGUUAUAUGACACUUGCGCGCGAAUUGCCAUUCAAACUUGUCUAGUCGUGACUGAAUUAUCUGAUCUAUGAGGGAAACAGUAUUUAUCAUUAUCGGCUAAUGCCAAUUUACGGUGGAUGAGACUUGGCACUUCUGGAGGAUUCAAGUGAAAAUGAUAAAUUCAGAGGGAUGGAUUCAUCUGAUUAUUUUGAUUCUCGGAGUACCAUUGAAUCAAGGUGGUUAUGGAAUAGCCCAGGUUGUUCUAAAUUACAAUGGCUCCCCGAGAACAGCGUGUCCAAUUGGAAGGAAUAAUAGUAAACCAAUUGAUCGGUAUGAUUCAUCGAUCACGCUCCGGCAAUUGCGAUCCGAAAUGAUUCGAAUGACAUCCGUACAGGAUAAACCACUCGACGGAUAUAUCGUGACCUCCAACGACGAUCAUCAGAGUUCGAUUCCAUUAUCACAUGCUCGGACGGCUCCUUCGGAGAGUGAAACUGUUUUAGCCCAUUUUAUGAGACGUGAAUUCCUCACGGGAUUCCGAGGUAGUGCAGGAGAAGCUUUGGUAACAGGAAAUAAAGCGAUACUGUGGACCGAUGGCAGAUAUCAUAUUCAAGCAGACAAUCAACUAGAUUGUAAUUGGAUUCUCAUGAAAUAUGGCCACGAAGGUGUACCAUCCAUGAUUCAGUGGAUAAAACAAGAGUUUCGGAACAACUCGCAAGCUAGGAUAGGGGCUGAUCCGAAAUUAAUUCCAGCGAAAACGUGGACAGAUUGGGAAGAAGAACUCGCGGCAUCAUCGAUACACCUUGUAGCUGUCCAUAAGAAUCUCAUCGACAUAAUUUGGCAAGUGAAUCGUACAUCCGACAUAACUCAUCCGGCCUACGAAUUAAAAACCGAAUUUUCGGGUAAAUCCUGGCAAGAGAAGAUCCACCAAGUGAGAUGUCUCAUGGAGAAUGCAUCAGCUGAUGCUCUUGUUAUCACAGCCCUGGAUGACAUCGCUUGGGUUCUCAACAUAAGAGGCUGGGACUUACCAAAUACUCCAGUACUCAGGGCAUACGUUGUUCUCACUCCUCAAGCCAUUCUCCUUUACACAGAUCGCAAAAAAAUCAAGAGAAGUGUCGAUUUGCAUUUGAAGACUGACGGCUGCUAUUACGCUGAUUGUGUGAGAAUAGUUAAUUAUUCAGAAAUCUGGAAUGAUUUGCGAACGUUGUCUCAAUCGUGGAGCAAAGCGUGGCUACCAGCUCCCUGCGUAUAUGCCCAAGGGGUUUCAAGACAAAUAUAUGUAUCAAUCCCAUCGUCAAAACGUUACUUCGAGCCCUCGCCGAUAAUUGCACUUCGAGCUGUGAAAAAUGAUAUUGAAAUAAAUGGAAUGAGACAAGCACACAUAAGAGAUUCUAUCGUAAUGUGCGAUUUUAUGGCUGAUAUGGAAUUUCAAAUGAGUAUUAAUGGAAAAAGCUGGGAUGAGAUGCAAGUUGUGAGGGCUAUAAAUGGCUUUCGAUUCGAGAUGGAUUACAAUCAGGGCAUUGCAUUUCCGACUAUUGUUGGAUAUGGAGAGCAUGGGGCACAACCGCAUUAUGAACCCACCGAAAGGACUAGUGCUCUCAUUGGAAGCGACUCCACAUUGGUCAUUGAUUCGGGAGGACAAUAUUUCGAUGGAACAACGGAUAUAACAAGGACCUUUCAUUUUGGUGAACCGACUGAUGAACAAAAGAGGGCAUACACACGAGUGCUCAUUGGUUCGAUUCAACUAGCGUCGAUGGUAUUCCCACCUGAUCUCAGAACAGAUCAGCUAGAUGUAUUUGCUAGAGAACCCCUUUGGAAGGCUGGAUCUGAUUACAUGCAUGGCACUGGCCAUGGCAUCGGGCAUUUUCUCUCUGUUCAUGAGUCUCCCAUCAGUGUCUCUUAUGUUCAAAAUUCAACGGCUGCACCAGGGUGUAGUACACAUCUGCAACCAGGAAAUUUCCUGUCCAAUGAACCUGGAUAUUAUUCCAAAGGAAAAUUCGGUGUUCGACUGGAGAAUGUACUUGAAGUUGUUCAAGUAGGAAUGAAAAAUUCGAAAUUACUGAAAUUUCGGGAUGCAACGCUAGUUCCAUAUGAGUCAAAACUCAUUGAUUUAAAUAUGCUGAGUCGAUCCCACAGGAGAUGGUUGAAUAACUACAACAGACGAAUAAGAGAAGAAGUUGGUCCUGAGAUGCUGAAGAAAUGUAAAAUGGAGGCGUAUCAGUGGAUGGAAAAAAGAACACGAAGCAUUCCGGAAGAGGAUGAAGUGGAUGAUAAUUAUUUCACGGGAGAUUCCAAUCCCAGUCUCUCCAAGAAAUCUUAUCUACUCAUUAUUCUUGUGAUAUUCUUUCAUACAUCGGGCGGCGUUUUCAUGACGUACAGCUGAGAAUCAACUAGUACUACAUUCAGAUUGAAUUCAUUCAGAUAAAUCUUAUGAGUAACUCCGGCUGCAUUUCGAUCUGAGAUUUUAUAUGGUGUAAAUUGAAAAGGAGGCGAGAGCUUUAGUGAAAGAUUAUUUAUCGUUUGUGAAUCAUAGGAAAGAAGAAAUUGUUAUCAAAUAAUUAAAUCGGUUUGAAGUAUUUGGUAUGAAAAAGUUUAAUAAAACAAUUUUGCGCUGUUAAAUUCUUGGAAUUUCUAUUCGAGUUUUAUUAAAAUUCUAUUCAAUUGAAAUUUCCAAUCGAACAAUUACGUAUCCUUGAGGAAAAAAAACGUGAACUGGAGAGUGUAUGUGGGCGGUGAGCCGAAGGAUGCGUUCUGUAAACAUGUAAACGUUCAUGACGGCGGGGUACGCGUAUUUGAGUCGACUCGGGUCGGUUUUGGUCAAUUUAGUCGAUUUGCGUCGAUUUUAAUCGAUUGUGAGGAAAUGGGCAUCCAUGAGUCGAUUUAGUCGAUUUUAGUCGUUUUUUAUCCUCUUGAACUGCGUUAAGGGUUAAUUUCACUUCCAAGUUCACUCUGCCAGAGAAUAUGCAUGCCUUACGAGAACAAACUGAAUUCGGCCAAUUUUUACGAUCUGUUGGGGAUAAAAUAUUGAAUAUGAAUAACUGAAUUUAAAUAUAUCACACAAAUGAGUAUAAAGCACCUCUAGAUGAAGAUAUCGCAAAGGAUUUAUAUGAAGAGGUGUUUAAUGCGUACCUAUGGAAACAUCAAUUAUCAUUCUCAUGAAACAUUCGCAAUAGUACAUUAUGUCAUCAGGCGAUAAAAGUAUUAUCUGACGAAUGUGGGUUAAUAUUAUAAUCAAAUUCGCAAGAUAAUACUAUAUCGCCAUGUCACAUAGGAAAUUUGUCAAUUCUCCUUUUUGAUUCCAUUGGGCAAUCAUACGCGAUAAAGGAUAAGUAAUUUAG